AAGUCUAUUCAAGUCAGAGCCAUGGAAACACGAAAUCGAAGAGCAAAGACCAGAAGCAGAAGCAGGAUCUGAGGGGCGUCCCUUGUUUUCAAAAUCAACACAAAGCUAUGAGUUUCGGAAUGGGGAGUUCUUGUUUUCCACACUCUCCCUCUCCCUCUUCUUCUUCUUCUGCUUAUUCACCAUUCUCUUCUCAGUCCGUCUUCUUAUACUCUUUCUCAAGAAAUGGAGGAUUCAAGGGGAAGAACAGGACAACGAUGGCUUGUAUCCGCCAAGAGAACCCAAACGACGGCGUCUUCUGCAAAAGAAGAGCUAUUCUUUUCGUGGGUAUUUCAGUUCUUCCCUUUCUUCAAUUGAAGGCUAAACCUCUUGAAGGUUUAGCAAGAGCUUCGUUAGUUCUCUCAAGAAAGGUUCAGAGAAACAAUUUUGCUAUCCAAAAAAUAAAAACGGUGUUCUCUUAAGAAGUUUGUUCUGUUUGUCAGAAGAACCUGGAUUAGGGAUGGCAGACCAGAAGCAAAAACCAAAGCAAAUACUUCAAGGAGAUGCAUCACCAAAUUCCUUUCUUUCUCUUCUGAAUGGCUUCGGUAUAUUCAGUUCUGUGCUGCUUGGGGCACUCUAUGUAUUGACUAGGAAGGAGCAGAUUGCUACUGAAGCAAUAAUAGAAUCUCUGAUAAGUAAGCUGAAUAAAAAGGAAGUGAUCAUUGAUUCACUGGAGAAGAACUUUGAGUCAAAGCUGCUGAAUGAGAACGAAGAACAAGACAAGCAACUUAAAGAAGCAAAUGAAGAGCAGCAGUCUCUGAUGAACCAAUUAAAAUCGGCAAAAAACAUAGCAACUAGACGAGAACUGGAGCUGCAAAACGAGAAACGAUUGGUUGAGGAUCUCAGUUUCCAAAUAGAGAGCAUUCGAACUCAACACACGAAGGCUAAGGAAGGUAAGAAGGAAUUAGAAGAUAAGUUAGAGAAGAAGAUUAACUCAAUCGAAGUCUUGCAAAAGAGGAUAACAUUGCUCAGUGCAGAGAUCACGAAUAAAGAAGAUACUCUUCAUGAUCUACAUUCUACAUUGUCUGCAAAAGAAUCUGACCUUAAGAGGCUAAAUUCAACCUAUGAGCAGACAAAGGAUGAACUAGCUGGAGCUAAUUCAGAAAUAACAAGGUUGAAACAAGAAUUUCUGAGAAACGAAAAAGAAUUAGAAUUGAUGAAUGGUGUGGUGGACGGUUUGAAUGCUCAAAUAAGGUCUUUAACUGAACAAAAGGAAGAUUCUAUCCGUAAAUUUGAUGCUAUUCGGACUGAAUACGAUGAUCUGAAAUCAUCUUCAGAAGAAAAAGCAGCUGCGAAUGUCAAACUCUUGGGAGAAAGAGACUGCGAUCUUCACCAGCUUAAAGAAAAGAUAGAUAUUGCUUUAACUGAACUGAGCAGAAACCAAGUGUUAAUCCCUGAUUUGACCCAAGAAAGGGAAGAUUUGAGGAAAAUGCUAGAUAUAGAGUUGAAACAAGUUGAGAACUUGAAGUCUGAGCCCCAACUUACGCGGGAAAAUCUUGGAAAGUCAAGAGAUGAGGUUUCUGAUAUGCAAGAACAACUAAAUCAGUCCAGAAGUCUGUGCUUAGACCUUGAGUUAGAGAUUUCUAAGGUGAAGGUUGAGUUUUCCAAAGCGGCGGAAUUAUUCCACUUGAAAUUUGAUGAGGCGAAAUGCAGUUCAGAAGUGUUGGCUGCUGAGCUCAAAUCAGCAAAUGAUGUUUUGAAGAAAAAAAAAGAUGAGUUGCGAAUCGCAUCCCUUGAACUGGCAGCUGCUGCAGAAAAUAAUGACAUUCUACGGAAGGAAUUGGUUGAUGUCUACAAGAAAGCAGAAAGCGCAACUCAUGAUUUAAAUGAAGAAAGGAAGGUUGUUACUUCUCUGAACAAAGAAUUAAAAGAUUUGGUGAGCAGUAAAGAAUCACGAAAAUCUCUUGAAAUGGAUUUGGAAGAGGCUACCAAGUCACUUGAUGAGAUGAAUCUAAAUGCGUUGCUAAUUUCAAGAGAACUAGAGAUGAGUAAAUCUCAGAUUUCUAGCCUCGAAGACGAGAAACAUGUGAUGUACAAUUCGCUUGUGGAGCAGAAACAGUUUUCUCAAGAGGCCCGAGAAAAUAUGGAAGAUGCACAUAGCCUUAUUAUGAAGCUUGGGAUGGAAAGAGAGAAUUUCGGGAAUAGAGCGAAGAAACUGGAAGAGGAAUUGGCAUUGGCUAAGGGAGAGAUAUUGCGAUUAAGGAGUCAAAUAAAUUCGUCCAGAGCUCCUGUAAAUGAUUGGCAUCUUCAAAAAGAUGAAGGCGGUAGCAAUGCUCCAUUAAGGAGUGAAAUAAAUUCGUCAAGAGCCCCUGUAAAUGAUCGGCAUCAUCAAAAAGAUGAAGGCGGUAGCAAUGUUCCAUUGAGGAGGCAAAUAAAUUCGUCAAGAGCUCCUGUAAAUGAUCGGCACCAUCAAAAAGACGAAGGCGGUGGUAGCAAUGCUCCAUUUUCCAGGAAGAAAUUUAGCAGGAGGAGAAAGGGAAAUCCGCAACGUGAUAAUUCAUAGCAAGCUUUUACGCUUACUCGCUUUUUAACAAUUUUUUCCUCUAGAUUCUGAUGUUCUUAAAAACUAGCUUGUUCUUGGGCCUUCAUGUUCAUGUUCUUCGAGCUAAGUUUUUCAGUGCAUUGGGUGUUGACUGUUGAGACUUGAGUGUGUGUAAAUGGUUCAAUUUCAGGUUUGUAGUAAUUGACAAAACAUCAGUACCUGGAAAAGAAAUGGCACUGGCAUUUUUGAA